CCGACCGCUGAGCGCAUCGCUCCCGCGUCCCAGCACGGCACCUGCCUCGCUCCCUGUAGCGGCACUCGUUCCGGGCUCGGGGGCUCCCGCUCCUCGCCCGGCUCUGCAGCGGCCCGGCUGGAUGGCGCCUCAGCGGAGGGGCCAGCUCAGAACCGCCGAGGGUACUGGGGCGGCCGAGCGGCGGCGCCCAAGCAGCACCAAGAAGGACCAGGAGCUGAGGGAGGCUUGGAGGGCGUGGCUGAAGACCCUGGGCCUGGGGGCUGGCAUUGCCCUGGCCUCGAUCCUGAUCUGGAGCAGCCUGGGGGCCGAUGAUGGUGUUGCCGAGGUACUGGCCCACCGUGGCGAGGUCCUGGAAGGCAGGUUCAUUGAAGUGCCCUGCUCUGAGGACUAUGAUGGCCACCGAAGAUUCGAAGGCUGCACGCCCAGAAAGUGUGGCCGCGGUGUCACUGAUGUUGUCAUCUCCAGGGAGGAAGCAGAGCGCAUUCGCAGAGUAGCAGAGAAGGGGCUCUCCCUGGGCGGAUCUGAUGGAGGGGCAUCUAUUCUGGACUUGCACUCGGGGGCGCUAUCUGUCGGGAAGCACUUUGUGAACCUGUACAGAUACUUUGGGGAUAAAAUACAAGCUGUAUUUUCUGAAGAGGACUUCCAGUUGUACCGGGAUGUGCGGUGGAAGGUCCAGCUCACAAUCGCAGAGGCAUUCGGCAUCAGCGCAUCCUCGCUAUACCUGACCAAGCCCACGUUCUUCUCACGCAUAAACAGCACUGAGGCGCAGACAGCCCACGACGAGUAUUGGCACGCGCAUGUGGACAAGGUGACCUAUGGCUCAUUCGACUACACCUCGCUGCUGUAUCUCUCUGACUACCUAGAGGACUUCGGCGGAGGACGCUUUGUGUUCAUGGAGGAAGGCGCCAAUAAGACGGUGGAGCCCAGGGCUGGUCGGGUUUCCUUCUUCACCUCGGGAUCCGAGAACCUGCACCGGGUGGAGAAGGUCCGCUGGGGCACCCGCUACGCCAUCACCAUUGCCUUCACUUGCAACCCUGACCAUGGCAUUGAGGACCCGGCCUUCACAUAGUCCAGGGGCCAAGUCCUUGCCUGCCGCCGGCCCCCUUGUGGGGGAGCAGCCACAUGCAGCCCUGGACCAUGCUGAGUGCACCCACCCCUC